AUGCCGUUCCCAAACGAUGAAGUAUUGAUGAAGACCGCUGGUGACUUAGUCGCACAAUUGCAAGCUAUCUUUGGAAAGCAUCCGGGGUUCCGUCCUGCACACGCCAAAGGCGAAAUCCUCACUGGCACUUUUACUCCCUCCGCAGAAGCAAAGAAGCUCACCACAGCUCCUCACUUCAACAACCCCAGCACCCCCGUCUGGGUACGAUUCUCGUCCUCCACGGGGCUCCCAAACAUCCCCGAUACAGAUUCCCACGCCGAUCCCCGUGGCAUCGCCAUCCGGUUCAUCUUAGGAGACCGCAAACACACUGAUAUUAUCAGUCACUCCACGCCGUUCUUCCCCGCGCGUACAGGGCAAGGAUUCCUUGAAUUCCUCCAAGCUCUGGCGAGUUCACCUCCAGAUGGACCUAAACCUUCUCCCGUCGAACAAUUCCUCGGUGCGAAUCCAAAGGCUCUUGCUUUCGUCCAAGCUCCCAAACCAGCGCCAGCUAGCUACGGCACUGAGGAGUACUUUGGCGUGACUGCCUUCAAACUGAUCAAUGCUGAAGGAAAGGCGACCUUCAUCCGGUAUCAUAUUGUUCCUGAAGCAGGUGUAUCAACCCUCUCCGCCGACGAGCUGAAGGAUAAAGACCCCGACUAUCUCCGCAAAGAGCUCACCGAGCGUCUAGCCUCGGGCCCCAUCUCCUUCAAGAUCAAGGCACAAGUAGCUGCCGAAGGGGACGUAACGGAUGAUGCAACUGUUCACUGGCCAGAGGAUCGUCCGGUGGUGGAAUUGGGAACCUUGAAGUUGGAUAGUGUGUUGCCCGAUAAUGCGAAGGAGCAGAAAAACAUCAUUUUUGAUCCGAUUCCCAGGGUUCAGGGCGUGGAGCCUUCGGAUGAUCCGCUGCUGGAGAUGAGGGCUGCGGUUUAUUUGAUUAGUGGGAAGCAGAGACGCGCUGCAUGA